CUUCGCAUUGCAAUAGACAAUUCGUGUCGUGGCUCAUUAGUUAAAUGUAGUCGCGGCGCAGAUGAAGGCCAAAUUAAUCCUUUUGCGUCGAUAAAUCAGGCCAAAUAAUCGGAACAAUGGUGCCAAUCAUCGCGCCGCCGGACUAAAUCUGUUUUUGGAUGGGUUUUGGUAUGUCGCCACGUCACUGACUGAAUGUCAUUGGAUUUAUAAAUACGAACAGCUCCAGAAAUAGGCGGCUACAGGUUUUCCAGGCGUACCGACCGAAAUAAAGUAGCCUGGAUUCGGUUAACAAUAAUAUUGUCUCGCCGAGCGGGCGGUCGAUCGUGAGUCCGUUAUCAAAUAUUUCAGUUUAAUUCGCCAUGGCAGCCAUGGACGACGACGAAACCCAACAGUUUUCCCUUCGCUGGCACAAUCAUCAGAGCAGCGUGGUGGGGGCGCUGGGUGAGAUGCUGUCGUCGGGCGCGCUGAGCGACGUGACGCUGUGCGCGGCGGACGGCGGCGCGGCGCUGCGGGCGCACCGCGUCGUGCUCGCCGCCGCCAGUCAGUACUUCGCGGAUAUACUCAAGGAGGUGGAGUGCGGGUCGGGGUGCGGGGGAUGCGGGGCGGGGUGCGGCGCGGGCGGCGUGCUGGUGGUGGUGGCGGGGUGCGGGGCGGCGGAGCUGCGCCUGCUGCUGACGUUCAUGUACACGGGCGAGGUGACGGCGGCGCGCGCGCGGCUGCCGGCGCUACUGGCGUUGGCGCGGACGCUGCGGGUCUCCGGCCUCACUGACACAGAGAAUACCCUCGCCGACCCGGAGUCGGAACCUCUAAACCUCGGGAAGCCGGAGAGCGAGCCCGAGCGGGGGUACGCGGGCGAGACGGCGGCCGGCAGCGACCGGGACAGACUGUGCGGGCCGGAGCGGGGGAGCGGGCCGGCGGGCGGGGGCGGCAGACCGAGCGCGGGGUGGCCGGAGUGCCCGAGCGAGACGGCCGCCGGGAGCGACAGGGACAGACUGAGCAGGCUGGACCAGAUCGUGCAGAACCUGUACACCACGCACAAGCUCGCCUUGACGCCCUCGCCGGGCCUGGAUGCGGGGGAGGCGCGCGACUCGACGUGCGGCGUGUGCGGCAAGCGGCUCAGCAACCGCUACAACCUGCGCGUGCACAUGGACACGCACGCCGGCCGCCGGCACGCGUGCCGCGCCUGCCCACACGUCUCCCGCUCGCGCGACGCGCUGCGCAAGCACGUCGCCUACCGCCACGCGCGCGCGCCCGCACCCACCGCCACUCCUCUAGCGCGAGACAGGCUCUUGUGACGGGCGGUCACUGGGGGAACCCAUUCUCGCGACUCGAAUCGCUCCGGUCGCAGGCUCUCGGUCGAUCGGAGCGACAUUUGAGCGCGGGCCCCCCACACGGGGCGGGCGGACCACGGCAGGCUAGGGUAUCGUGGUUUACGUCGUCGAUGCCUUUGUUUUGGUUGAGAUCGCUCGUAAUAUUAAACCUAUAGAUUUUAUAGCUAGCAUAACGCACAGACAUUAAAAUACAAUUUUGGCACACGUGUUGCCGCAUUUUGUACGCGACUGGACUUAUUAUGUUUAUUUACUUUUAGGAAAAUAAUAAUUGUGUAUUUUCAAAAACAAAACAACCUAGACAGAAAGUAAGUACAUAUUGGAAAUAACGAAAACAGUUCCAUAAAAAAAUCUGCUGUGUUACUCAAAAGUGCUGGUGGAGGCGGUGCUGAGGCUACUCGUAUUAAUUGUAGAACAGCUGAUGUUAACUUACA